AUGUUUCGACAACUAUUCCGCUCGGCGACCUAUGUUAUUAAAAGUCGUUCCAUCUCGUUUUUUGUUCAUGCAUUUCUUGCAGACGCAGAGAUUAUGGCUGAGGACAUUGCUCGACAUUAUCGACUCCCGAGAGUAGUAAAACCCGUCAACUACAGGCUCGACUUUGUCCCCAACUUUUCAAGCCUAACGUUCACCGCUCGUGCUUCCGUAGAGUUACAGUCUGGAAAAGGAUAUUUAAACCUGGACUUCCAUGGAAAAUUUGCCAAUGAUAUGCUGGGUCUUUAUCAUAGCACUUAUACGGAUGUAAUGGGCAAAAAAUACAACAUUAUUGCAACGCAAUUUGAGGCAAUGUUUGCACGUCGAGCGUUUCCGUGCAUGGAUGAACCGGAUCGCAAAGCGACUUUUGAAAUCAGCAUCGUUGCUCUUGACGACCAAGUUGCCCUCUCAAACAUGCCCGAGAUCUCUCGUGACGUUGUACCAACGCCGGAGGGCUGCAGCGAACCCCUUGAUGGUCACAACUAUGUCAAGAUCACGUUUGAUCGCACUCCAAUUAUGUCGACCUACAUUGUUGCCAUGGUAUUGGGAGAUUUCGAGUACAUCUCUGCCAUGGCCCCCGGAAACGACAUUAGCAACGUCUGCUCAUCCUCUGCAUCUGAGACAGAGAAAUCCACAAAGGCAUCACCACCGGAAGUAGAAAUUCGAGUUUACACGCCGCUGGGCAAGCGCGACUUCGGACAGCAUGCAUUGACGGUAGUGAAGAAAUCACUGCCUUUCUAUGCAAAGCUUUUUGGAUCCCCCUAUCCACUGCCAAAGCUGGAUCUAGUUGCGAUUCCGGACUUUGCUUGCAAUGCGAUGGAGAAUUGGGGCUUGGUGACCUAUAGAGAGACGGCGCUUUUGAUCGACCCGGAGAACUCCUCUCUUUCGUCAAAACAGAACGUAGCGCUGACAGUGGCACACGAGGUGUCACACAUGUGGUUCGGUAACCUUGUGACAAUGUCGUGGUGGACAGAUCUGUGGCUUAAUGAGGGCUUCGCGACGUGGGCCGAAUACCUUGCUGUGGAUCACUGCUUUCCUGACUACGACAUUUGGACCCUCUUCGUGUCGAGGGAGUAUAUUCGAGCACUGCGAUUAGACGAGUUGAAAAGCAGUCAUCCCAUUCAGGUUGAAGUAAACAGUGCCCAAGAGGUGGAGGAGAUCUUCGACGCGGUGUCUUACCAGAAGGGCAGUUGUGUCAUUCGCAUGCUUUACAACUACAUGGGUGCCUCUAGCUUCGAAGCGGGCCUAAAAUCCUACUUCAAGAAGUUCAAGUAUUCUAAUGCUGAAACGCAGGACUUGUGGACGGCUUUGGAGGCCACUGGCGUUGACAAUCUGACUGAACUCAUGUCGCCGUGGACGAGACAGACAGGCUAUCCCGUGUUGUCUGUUCGUCUCAUUUGCGCACCCGAUGGAACGUACAGCAUCGGACUGAAACAGCAGCGAUUCCUUGCUGAUAGCAGCUCUACUGAGGAGGAAACACUAGUCUGCUGGCGCAUCCCAAUUGACGUUUGCGCUGUGGACGACUCCAAAAGUAUCCUUCUUCGCAUAGUCACUGAUAUCCCCUCCCCCUCACCCCCCUCCACCAAAACCCCUGAGCACGGCGACGAAGAACAAUUUACCCCCGAGACCGAGGUCAAAUCUCAGGAAAUCAUCUACGCCCUGCCUGAUUCUGAUCUCUGUCCUCGAGUUCGUCUUAAUCCGAACGCCAUCGGUUUCUACCGCGUGCAUUACGAUUCUGCCAUGAUGAACACCAUUCUGGAAGCUAUCAGUCGAGGCGCUGUGCCAGAACGUGACCGUGUCAGCUUAUUAGACGAUCAGUUUGCUUUGGCCCGAGCAGGUUUUCAAGGAUUGGAUAAGGUACUUCAGUUCUGCCGAGCAUUCGUUGGUGAGACGCGAUACAGUGUGUGGUCAGUACUGUCAGAGGGAUUGUCACAGAUCCAAACCCUCCUUGAGGAGGCGUCCUACCCGGUGGGAGACGAGGUGGUUUUUCCCGAGGCAUCAAGAGAGACUUGUGGGCUGAACAACCUUUAUAUGGAAUUGGCGUUGCCGGUAUAUGAGAAGAUCGGUUUCAAACCCAUAUCUACUGAAUCCAACAACGACCGCCUCCUACGUUCCAUUAUCAUCUCCAUCCUCGGUCGCAUUGGUCACGGUGAUGUUAUCUCUAAUGCCCAAACUGCCUUUACUCGUCACCACGCAGCCGUGAUCUCUGCAUCGGUGGGUGAGGCUGCGGUGGACCAGUCAAAUCUCAUUUCGCCUGAUCUCCGAACUGCAGUCUACUCCAUUUGCAUGCGCAGUGGUGGAGAUAAGGAGUUUUGGAAGCUUUUUGAGCUUUACAACCAGGCGACUUUGAACGACGAGCGUGUUCGCAUCCUCUCCAGUCUUGGCGCCACCACUAACGCUGACAUCAUCCAGCGUGUCUUCAAGUUCACCUUUACGGAGGACGUGCGCAAGCAAGACCGAUUCCAUGUUCUCCUGAGCGUCAUCGGAUCUGCGGGUGGUAGACGGGCCCUGUGGAACCUCGUGCGCGCUCGCAUCGCAACGCUGUCAGAGGAUCUGGGGACCUCACACCUCCUUGCCAGGGUUCUGGUGGGCAGUGCUUCCAGUUUUGCUUUGCAGGAACGCUACGACGAGAUUAAGGCCUUCUACGAAGAGCACGACGUGCCCUGUCCAAGGGUGAUUCAACAGACGCUGGAGGCGGUAAAAAUCAAUGUGGCGCAGUGGAAGCGUGAUGAAAAGGCAGUGAGCACAUUUUUGAACAAUCUUGCUGAUAAAGACAAACCCAUUUCCCCUUCUCACCAUGUGUCUCCCAAACGCCGUCGGUUAGCUCCUUCAAGCGCUUUGAAGGAAAAAAAUCUGCCAUAA